AUGAACUCAAAAGAUGUCAAAGUUCUUACCACUCCUGCAACAAACCGCUCAGACAUCAAGGUGGCCGAAGAUGGGCUCAUACUCGAAGAUCCUGCGACAGGCGAGGUGCGCAAAGUAUCUGCAAGCUUCGCCAUUGACAAAGAGGCGGAGAGCCGACUCAUCCUGUCAAUCUUCUUCAUCCCAUACGUUUUGACUGCACCUUUUCUGGCAAUGGCAGGCAAGAAGUGGGGUCCGAGUAGAGUCCUACCAGCCAUGAUGAUGACCUUCGGUCUAAUGACCCUGCUGACAGUCGCUGCAUUCAAUUUUGCUGGCCUCAUGUGUUUACGCUGGGUGCUUGGUAUGGCCGAGUCAGCCUUCUUCCCUUUAGUUAUCUACUACCAGACCACCUUCUACAGACGAGGCGAGCUUGCUCGUCGGCUUGCCAUCUUUUAUGCAGCCCCGAAUAUAGCAAAUGCCUUCUCCGGGCUACUUUCGUUCGGAGUGUUUCAGAUCGAAGGAACGAGCCUAGCGAGUUGGAGAUAUCUUUUCAUAAUAGAAGGUGGAGCAACAAUGAUAUUGGCAGUGUUCGCCCACUGGUAUCUGCCAUAUGAUGCACAGAGCGCCAGGUUCCUCACCGGGGAAGAGAAGAAGCUAGCAUUUCUGCGAAUUCAACUGGACUCAUCCUCGGUAGUGGGUGAGAAGCUGAAUUUGAGAGAGGCAGGGAGGGUCUUUCUUGAGCCUACGAGCUGGGUCAUCCUGGGCAUUGAGAUGUGCCUCGGCGUUCCUCUCCAAUCAGUCUCUCUCUUCCUUCCUGUUAUUGUCAAGGCUCUUGGUUACAAUACAGUCAAAACCAAUCUUUACACCAUCGCACCCAAUAUCACGGGCGCUGUGAUGCUUCUCAUUCUCGCCUUCUCCUCCGACCUUACACGUCUCAGAUUCCCCUUCGUCGCACUAGGUUUCGCAUUCACAAUGACUGGCAUGAUCAUCUACGCCUGUGUCGAUGUUGAGUCCCAGCUUCAGGUCGCAUAUUUCGCAUGCUUCAUGAUGACAUGGGGCACUAGUGCACCAAGCGUCAUCCUCGACACGUGGUUCAACAACAACAUCGCCAAUGAGAAUAAGAGGAUCAUGUUGACUAGUGUCGGCGUACCCGUUGCAAAUCUUAUGGGUGUGGUAAGCAGUAAUAUCUUCGUGCCGAAGGAUGCGCCCAAGUACUUUCCGGCAUUGAUUACGACGGCUGCAUUUGGUGGGAUGGGAUGUCUGCUAACGCUGUUGUUGGGGGCUUACAUGAUUCUGGACAACAAGAGAAGGGACAGGAAGGAGGGUAGGAAAGUAAGGGCGUUGGAUAUUCCGACCGAGAUUAUGAAUGAGGGACCAGCUUCCGCGAGUUACAGGUGGUUCUUGUAA